AUGACGACUCCCACCUCCAGACACAAACCACACAAUCGCCAGAACCAAACCCACGACCCACCAAGCUUCACACCAACCACCAGUCUCCACAUCCAGCUUCACGUCUCCUCCCUCCCCUCACCUCUCACCCCACUCACACGACCUCCACCACCGCCGCCGCCAAUGGCCGCCAUCCCAAAAUCCGUCACAGCCCUCAGCGCAAACUGGGAGUUCAAGCAGGCCGACAAAGACCGCUUCCUCCCCGUCGCACAGUUCCCCACAAACGUGCACCUGGACCUGCUCCACCAUGGCCUGAUCGCCGAUCCAUUCUUUGCGAAGCAGGAGCUGGACUGUCAGUGGGUUGGCGAGAAGGACUGGAUCUACCGCACCACGUUCCGCGCGCAGAAGCCGCAGAAGGGCGAGCGCAAGGUACUGGUAUUUGAGGGACUUGACACUUAUGCGGUUGUGACGGUGAAUGGGGCGGAGGUGCUGCGCACGGAUAAUAUGUUUAUUGAGUACCGCGUGGAUGUGGGCGGGGCACUGAAGGACGGGGAGAACUGUCUGGAGAUUUUGUUUAAGAGUGCGUUUUUGGAGGGGAAGAAGGUGCAGGAUGCGGAGAAGGAGCAUCAUUGGGGAUGCUGGAACGGGGAUCCAAGUAGGUUGGCAGUGAGGAAGGCGCAGUAUCAUUAUGGUUGGGAUUGGGGUCCAACGCUCCUGACUUGUGGGCCCUGGCGCCCUGUCACACUCGAGACCUACACCACGCGCAUCUCCAGCCUGCGCAUCACCACAGUGGUCUCAUCGUCGCUCAGCUCGGCGAAUAUCACGGCAAAGACAUCGCUCGAGGGUUACAAUGCCGAGUCGACAUCGAUCCACUACAAGAUCACCUCCGCGUCUGGUGCCACUGUCCUCGAGUCCUCGGCCCAGUCCGAGGGCGACGAUACCGUGUCUGCGCUGACGCUGGAGAAGCCGGAGCUGUGGUAUCCGCAUGGGUAUGGCGCGCAGCCCCUGUACAAGUUCACGGCGACCCUCAAGGACGAGAACGGCGUGGAGAUUGAUAGCGUCACAAAGACAAUCGGUGUCAGGACCGUCAAGGUCGUUGAGCGAGAACUCAAGGACCAGCCAGGGACAUCAUUCUUCUUUGAGAUCAAUGGCGUGUCCAUCUUCUGCGGGGGGAGCAACUGGAUCCCCGCAGACAACUUCAUCCCGCGCAUUGGCGACGAGCGAUAUAGAGAGUGGCUGCAGCUGCUGAAGGACGGGAACCAGGUCAUGGCCCGUGUCUGGGCUGGCGGUAUCUAUGAGCAAGAUGCGUUCUACGAUACCUGUGACGAGCUUGGUAUUCUCGUGUGGCAAGACUUUGCCUUUGGGUGCGGAAACUACCCAGCUCACAUGGAGUCGUUCCGGGAGUCGAUCAAGAAGGAGGCCACAUACAACGUGCACCGCCUCCACACCCACGCCUGCAUCGUGCUCUGGGCCGGCAAUAACGAGGACUACCAGUAUGCCGAAUCGAUCGAGCCCGACCACCUUGGCUACGACCCCAAGGACAUGAACCCCGACAACUGGCUCAAGUCCGGCUUCCCGGCCAGGUACCUGUACGAGAAGCUCCUCCCCGACGUCGUCGCCGAGCACGGCGCCGGCGUCACCUACCACCCAGGCUCGCCCUGGGGCGGCGUCGACAGCCGUGACCAGACCGUCGGCGACAUCCAUCAAUGGAACGUCUGGCACGGCUCACAGGAGAAAUACCAAAACUUCGACAAGCUCGGCGGCCGCUUCGUCUCCGAAUUCGGCAUGGAGGCCUUCCCUGACAUCCGCACGAUCGACGCCUACCUCCCCGAAGGCUCCGGCGAGCGAUACCCACAGAGCUCCACCAUCGACUUCCACAAUAAGGCCGACGGCCACGAGCGCCGCCUCGCGCUGUACCUCGUCGAGAACUUCCGCUAUACCUUCUCACCGCUCGAGCAAUACGUGUAUGCCACGCAGCUGAUGCAGUCCGAGUGUCUGUCGACGGCGUACCGCCUGUGGCGGCGCGACUGGAAGGGCCCUGGCCGCGAGUACACUGCGGGCGCACUGGUGUGGCAGAUUAACGACUGCUGGCCCGUGACGUCGUGGGCAAUCGUCGACUACUACCUCCGCCCCAAACACGCCUACUUCACCAUCAAGCGAGAGCUCGCCGCUGUGGUUGCGGGUAUAAAGCGUGUGCGUGUUGAGACGCCGCGGGACCCAUGGACGCGAGUAGACAUUGAUGUUGAGGAGCGGGUGCAGGUGUGGGCGGGGUCGUUUAAGACUGAGGCCAUCGAGGACGUGCAGCUCGUAGUGAGGAGUUGGGAUGUGGUCUCUGGUGAGAAGGUGUAUGACAAGGUUGUUAAGGAGUUUACGCUUGAGGAGAACCGGUCGGUGGAGGUUGCGGAUAUGCGCCUCCCGGGAUGGAACGGUAAGGCGGAGGGCGAGCGGGAUGUCGUGGUGGGGGUGUAUCUGGUGAAAGAUGGAGAAGUGCUGGCACGGCGUAUUAGCUUUGCGGAACCAUUAAAAUACGUUAAGCUCCAAACGCCCAAACACCUGAAGACAGAGGUCUGUGGCGACAUUGUCAAGAUCAGCGCUGAAGUCCCAGUCAAGGGCGUGGCACUGGAGACGACGAAGGAGGGCGUGGUGUUUGAAGAUAACUUAGUGGAUAUCGUGCCCGGUGAGGUUGUGGAGGUUGUGUGUAAGGGCUUGGACGGUGGUGAGGUUAGUGUGAGGUAUCUUUUGUAG